UGCCAUGUCUCCGAGUACCACUGACGUCGUGGCAGUAGACCCGUCUAGCGCGGCAUUCAAAAAAGCCAGGAGGCAGUAUAUAAGGACGACAAAGAACAGAAACCAGGAUGUAGAUGCUAACUGGACACCGUUCAGAGCGGCUGAAAAGAAAUUUAAGGCUCGAUUCCCGCCCCCUGAUCUAACCAACGUACUCGAUCUUGCUGCAGAGGAUCGCAGUGAAGGUGGAUCGGGCGGAGGACGAGCCGUUUGUAUCGGAACGUUGUCUGAUGGAGGAAAUGUUUGCACUGUACCAGCCGUGCCAGGACUCGUAUUGUUACCCUCUUUCGUGUCACCAGAUGGCCAACGCGCGCUUGUCCAAUGGGCUCUCCGGGAUCAUGCACGUCACCCGAAUGAAACGAAUCUCGACGCACACUACAUUCUCCCACCCGAGGGAAUCUGGAAUGCACACGUAGCAUCCCUUUCUUCUUGCCCCAAGGAUGCCACAUCCUUAGUCAAAACAAAAGCAUCUACUGCCGAAGGAGUAGUUUCCCAGAAGAACGUACCCUCCGGACCACGCCAACUCAUCUCAAAUGAUGCAGCGGGUACAGACAACAUAUACUCUCUCCAAGCGAUUCCGAAACCAUCCCCGGAGCCAUCUACGACAGUCUCCGAUUGUAGCCCAUCCGAGCUCGUUCCGAAGCUACGAUGGGCCAAUAUCGGGUGGUCGUAUCAUUGGGGAACUAAGCAGUAUGACUUUUCAAAGGGUAAAGGACACGUCAAUUCUCGUAUCCGAGAUCUGUGUCGGAAUGCUGUGAGUUUGGUACCCUGGGAUAAGGUUUUUGGCGCGGACAGUAGCCUCGAAGAAGGAUGGGGAGACAAUGAUUGGAGGACGUGGAGCGAGACUUAUGAACCGGAUGCGGGGAUCGUCAAUUUUUACCAGACCAAGGAUACGCUCAUGGCUCACGUUGAUCGCUCCGAAGUUUGUGCGACAUCACCCCUGGUGUCAAUCUCACUAGGCAACACCGCUAUCUUCCUCAUUGGUGGUCUCACACGGGAUGUGGAGCCCACCCCUAUUCUUCUGCGAUCCGGUGAUGUCGUGAUUAUGUCUGGACCAGCAUGCAGACGGGCAUAUCAUGGCGUCCCACGUAUAUUGGAGAGCACGCUCCCUGAACACUUUGCACAGUCGUCACGGCCAGCUAACGAUGGCGCGAACCCUUCGGCUUCCCAGACCGAAAGGGCUAGCGCUACUACUGUGGCGUCGGCGUGGGAGCCAUAUGGGACUUACAUGCAGAACGCCCGCAUCAAUAUCAACGUUCGGCAGGUCUUUCCGAAAGGAUUCGUUCCUGGGACUGUCAACCCCGCUCUCCGCAUCAGCAACACUUAGACCAACGUGGGUAAGGUCGAUGAAAGAGAGACUGACGUUGGGGGCAAUAAACUAAGCCAAUGCGAGUUUGGGCUCGCUCCUCUGUCAUUUCGGCUGUCGGGCAAGUGACAAAGACAAGACACACAUGAGAACUUCGUUGGAGCCCGAGCUCCAAAGUGGAUUUUUAAUAUGCUAUGUCUCAUAACCAACAUUUAUGAUGAAUCCUUGGAAACGGCUGGGUAGAUUUUACUGUAUAUAUCUGUAGAUAUCAC